AUGGGAUUGUUCGCAGGUUGUUGUAUUGUAUUAAAGGAGGGGAUGGAAGAGCCAGGGCAGCUGAAUAGGGCUUCGAUUGAUGCAACAGCUGGUGCAAUUUCUGGUGCUGUUUCGAGGACUAUCACAUCGCCACUUGACGUAAUUAAGAUCAGAUUUCAGGUUCAAUUGGAACCCACUACACACUGGACUUUGCUUCAGCGAAAUGCAUAUGGUCCAUCAAAAUAUAAUGGUAUGCUGCAAGCAACCAAGGACAUCUUUAGAGAGGAAGGCUUAGCGGGCUUUUGGAGGGGUAAUGUACCGGCCCUGCUUAUGGUUAUGCCAUAUACGGCAAUACAAUUUAUGGUGUCACACAAGAUCAAGACAUUUGCUUCUGGUUCUUCCAAGUCAGAAGAUCAUAACAAUUUAAGUCCAUAUCUUUCUUAUGUUAGUGGAGCAUUAGCAGGCUGUGCAGCCACCAUUGGAUCAUAUCCAUUUGAUCUUCUAAGAACAAUUUUAGCUUCACAGGGGGAGCCAAAGGUGUAUCCAAACAUGAGGUCGGCAUUUGUUGGGAUAAUUGAAACCCGUGGCAUCCGAGGGCUCUAUGCUGGAUUGGUACCUACACUUGUUGAGAUAGUCCCAUAUGCUGGGUUGCAGUUUGGAACCUAUGAUACUUUUAAACGCUGGGCAAUGGCUUGGAACCGAUAUAGAUCUUCCAAUGUCAGCCAAGCAGAUGAUGCCCUUUCAAGCGUCCAGCUUUUCCUUUGCGGAUUAGCUGCUGGAACAUGUGCUAAAGCUGUUUGUCAUCCCCUUGAUGUAAUUAAGAAGAGGUUUCAGGUCUUGGGUUUGCUUCCCAACGGUCACCGGUUCGAGUCCCCUCAGGGCCACUGA